AGCAACAUGAAGCUCGCACUGUCCUUGGUUCUUUGCCUGGCAUUUGCAUUCGUGGUUAAUUCCUUGAGAGAUGAAGAUUUAAGUUUUCUGGAGGACGACUUUUUGAAAGAUGAAUCUGAAAAUAACAAACGCUUUCUUUUCAAGGGGGUAAGUGUUAUCUGUGAGCAACGUUCACUCUAGCAAGUCAAGGUAACAAGUUAUUAAUUAGGUUAAAAAAACGGGUGAAAGUUUUUUGAAAAGAAGAAAACGUUUAUCACAUCACAUAUAGACAUAUAUGUUGAGGAGACUGCAGCAAGUUUUUUCAAGGUAGUUUACAAAAUAACCAUGGUAAACCCAGGCUAAACAGCUUUCUUUUGUCUUCUUGAUAUAAAGACUUGUGAGUUACAAAAUUUAAAAUGAACAAACGAGAAAUUUGAGGGCCUCUGAUAGGUGACUCGCUAUUAUAGUCCUUCAGCCUGAAUGAAAUAAAACGCCUCCUCCCAUUAAGUAUUUACUUCCCUUGAAAGGAAACCCGCUUGUUAUUUUUGGUGAUUCUCGUCGGUCUACAAGUUUUAUAAUACCCCGAAAGCACGACAACUAACACAAGCUUUUCUUCGUUCAGCUUUUGUUUUCGCUUUUCGCUGUAUGGAAAGCAUUGUCUCAGUCAAUAUUUUUAAGAGCUGUGCCAGCUCCUGCUAAUUAUAAUAACCCUCAUAAAACCCUUGACGUCUGUUGAUUUUUAGUGUUCCACCGAUAAAGACUGUUCGGCUGGUCAGUGCUGUUUCAAAAGAAGAUUCGGUUCUAACAAGUGCUUGGGAAGAAAGGGACUGGGCAGGAUC